AUGCAUUCUCAAGUACCGUUACUGCUGCUUCUGUGCCUCACUAUCCCCUUCAUCAAUGCCAAAAAGAAUACCAGCAUUGCAAUUGUAGCGCCAGAGUCUUCAUGGGGCCGCAUUUAUUUACGCAACGGUCUAGCUCCCAUCCAGUACUUUCGCGAUAAUUUCGGCGGGUUCAUGACGGCACAUGAAGUCUCUUUUUACUUCCCUAAACAAACCGAAGACCGCUUUGGCUGCCAAUUACUACCUGAGCAAGAGCUGUUGGAAGUCAAAGCUACCAAUCGGUCGUCUGUAUUGAUUGUAGACCGUGGACAGUGUACAUUUGAGCUAAAAGCGCGUCUUGCUGACCAGAUGGGCGCUGCUGCACUCGUAAUAAUAAGCGAUACAGACGACGUGAGUGCUCCGGUAGCAGAUCUUGCGAUUGAUGAUCAAAUAUCCAUUGCGUCCGUCAUGAUCCGGCGCAGUGCUGGCCAUAUGUUGCGUCAUGUAGCUAAACACAUGACGAUUUACGGCCGACUUAUUCCCAUGACAUGCGAACGCAAGCCAUACAUAUGCAAACCUCGAUAUGAUGUAGAAGAAGAUUACAUAAAAGCUGCUUCUGCUCGUAGCGGCUUUGUAUCAAUUCUUCAAGAAGAUCAAGACGAAGUCCGCAUGGGUCAUUUCCUUGCAGCGACGUAUGGUAGUGUUCUGCACACGAAAAUGGCGUUUCCUCUUGCCAUUUUACUGGAUGAAAAGCUUGCGUGCACUAAUGUCGUAACAGAUGAUAAAAAUCCGUUGGAGUACCAAGGAAAAGCGAUACUUCUACCAAUUGCACCAACAGGACCUUGUACCACAUUGGAAAAGGUAUCUAAUGCUCAGCGUCGUGGUGCGAGUGUCGUGAUCCUAAAGCAGCAGGAAAAUACGACAUUUUUAACGCCCCCGAGUGUCCGACGAAGUUGGCAUGCGUACAACAUAACAAUCCCAGUACUUGCCGUCUCUAAUGGUGUAGGUGUCAAUCUAGCAACACACAAUGAUCGAGAUGCAGUAAAUUUGCGCUUUGAAGUCAGUAAUGGAUUUGCUGACGCUUGGGACUUGGUAAGAGAGUUUUCCGUACGCUCGGCCUGGCCAAAACGCGUGCAACGGUGCAGCCAAACGCUAACACAAUUGUUAGCACAAGCACGCGGGCUUGGAGGAGAUCAUGAAGUAGAGAAAGCGCUCAAAAACGUGUUUGUCACUGUUGUUGGCGGACAAUUGGAGUCAACCGAUCAUUCUGAUGAUCUAUAUGAGCACCAUUCCCGCGAUGAAUCCAUUCAUAUUGUUGAAAAUGUGCAGACCCGCGACGAACUCUAA